ACUCUUCUCCCGAAGAGUCCUGCAAGUUAGGAGCCCCGAGUUCAUGGGUCAGAGGUUGGGUUAGAGGUGGAAGUCGUUGCUGCAGCCAGCUGGCCGGCCUUCAGAUCCAGAACCAGUGUUGUGUUUUUAUUACCUGAUAUACUUGCAUCAAAUCCUAUUUUCCAGGCCGUUCUUGAGCAUCUAAACAGAUUUUGCUUUCACUUUCCUCCAACUCCAAAUCGGCUUUCGACAUGCAGAAUUCUAAAGAUUUUCUGCAGCUUGCUGGCAAAGUUGUUGUUGUCACGGGGUCCAGUGCUGGCAUUGGUGAGGCUAUUGCUCUGGAGUUUGCCCGUCAGGGCUGUCACUUGAUGCUGUGUGGCCGAGACAAAGAGCGACUCAACGCUGUGGCGGCGAAGUGUGUGGAAACUUCCGGUGGUGAGAGUAAAGUACGCACGACCGAUGGCGACGUUCUUGAGAAGUCGGUGCAGCAGAAGAUUGUUGACGAGACCCUGAAAUGUUUUGGUCAGCUGGACGUUUUGGUGAACAACGUAGGAACCAAUGUGGUGCGGUCGGCACAGACAGCGGCCCCGGAAGACUACAAUGUCAUCAUGAAGACGAACAUGGAAAGUAUUUUCUUCCUCACCCAGCUGGCCUUGCCGCACAUCAUCAAAAGCAAAGGCAAUGUUGUCAACAUCUCAAGCAUUGCCAGUGAAAAUCCGCCCCAUGGUGUUCGUGUGAACUCAGUGAAUCCUGGGUCAGUGGUGAGUCGGCUCUACCUCAGGGGAGAGGAAGCCUUAACUGAGGAACAGUAUGAUCAGUUCAAGAAGAACCAGUCGUCGUCCAGCCUCCACCCCCUGGGCCGUAUGGUCAAGGCCUCGGAAGUGGCCGACGCUGCUGUCUUCUUGGCCUCCACCAGGGCCAGUUUUGUCACAGGCCAGAUCCUGUUUGUGGACGGCGGCCGCCAUUGUGUGUACGCCCAGCCAAAACUGCCCUAGGUGUCUCGUCGGAGCAUAUGUUAUGGAUUUCAUGUGUGUGUUUAUAUAUAUAUAUGUGAGGGAGCAUGGUGAAUUCAGGCGCUCGUCGAAAUAAUGAAAUAGAAGAAACCGGUUUGGCAAUUUUUAUUAAAUUUUUUAUUUUUAGGCUAAAAACACAUUUCUGUGUGGAUUUGACGGGGAAACGUUUUUGAGGCACCAAAAGUGUAAACUUUCAGUUUUUAAGGGGUCUCAAGCCGUGGAUUUCUCCAAACUUUGGCUGUCAUUUUCUCACUGAUUUGACCGCUGAAAGCAGGCGACCCCCACCUCAUUCAAUUGCAAAUUUCUCAGAUUUUUACUCUAGAUAGAUUGGGUUUUUUUUUUCAGCGUAAGAAAAAA